AUGGACAACGAUGGAUUUGUAGCAACGAAGAAGACAGUCGCCGGCGGCGAGAUUGAAGAAAUUAUUGACGAAGUGGAAAAAAGAUACAGGAGGUUCAGAAAAUUUGAGAGAGUCAGCUAUCCUCCCGCAGAUCAUCACUUUGUGGGAACCGGAAUUAGAAGGAAUGGUGAGCAGCCGGCUACGGAGAAAAAAAUCAUAGAAGAAUGGGAUAUGUUGAACACAAAUCUCCCGGAUUGGAUUUAUGUUCGAGCCUACGAAAGCAGGAUUAAUCUGAUGCGAGCAGUGAUUAUAGGUCCCCCAGGAACCCCUUACUCUCAGGGCUUGUUCUUCUUCGACAUAUUCUUCCCAAGAACCUAUCCUGCUCGUCCUCCCAAGCUCUUUUACCAUUCUCACGGCUUUGAUUUCACUUCCCACUCGCCGAGGAAGGUCUCCUCCAGCAGCAGCCUUGUGGAUUCUUGGUAUGGAUUGCACCUCAUGCCUGUUCGCGGCGGAGGAGGCAGAGGCUAUGAAUGUCAGCCACGAAAAAACUGGGGUCCCCCAAAAUCUAAUAUUCUAUUUCUACUGGUUUCAAUUCGAGAUUGGUUUUUGAAUAUUGCAAAACCUUGUGGUGAUUAUGAUAAUGAUGGAUUAGUAGAACCGAGGAGGAGGCGUACAUUGAUGAUGUUGGGAUGCGAGGCCAUGAUUCAAACACUUGCAAAACCGCCCUGGGACUUCGAAGAUUUUGUGGCGGGACACUUUCGGAAUAAGGCUCAUGCAAUUCUUGUGAAUUUUAUGGCUCACAUGGAUCAAACUGAAGAUAUGAGUCGGUUAUUCCUCAAGCUCUUGAAUGUUUUUGAGGCUAAUGGAACUUACUGUCAGCAUCAUUACCUUGCUCAUCUCAAGAAACAACCAAAAGCAAAGACUGUCUCGUAUGAAGAUGAUGAUGAUGAAGAACCUAAUCGAUUUGCUAUGACUUGGUUUAACAUGACCAAGUACAGAUUUUAA